GUCAAUGAACUUUAUUUUGCGUGGCUAUUUUAGACGUUGACGGUUGAGGCCGCGGGGAGCGAAAAGACUGUCAUUCAUCGUUUCGAUCGCAAAUGACAACUUUUUACUUGAUGGGUUUUUUUUUCUCUGUGACGUUUGUUGUUUUGCUUGUGGUUUAGUAAUUCUCUACCUCACCAUAGCGACAAUAAUUAAACACAGCCAGUCGUGUUUUUUCCUCAAAACCCAGGAGAAAACAGGGUCUCCAUUCAUUACAAUGAGCCUGCCCAGCUGAUAUGUCAUAAUAUGGUGUGGGAAGUGAAAACUCAGUCGGUCCCUCAGAGAGUCCAGGAAGCCCAGACACAGAGCUCAGGUAUGGACGAGGCCUUCGAUCUGCUCAAAUGCAACGAGCGCCUGCCCUCCUCACCUGGCUGCCCUUCUAACGAUAGUCACAUGGAGUACGAUGACCUCCCUGAGCUGCAGGAGGUGCAGGACGACCAGUCGACCCCGGGCGCGUUCCAGGUGGCCCCGGGCGUGUCUCAUCACGAGGAGGUGCCCGUCGAGGGCCGGAGCUCCAGGCCCGAGGGCGGCGUCUCAAACACAAACUGGCUGACCGAGCUGGCCAACAUCGCCACCAGCCCUCAAAGCCCCCUGCUCCAGAACGCCCCACACAACCGGUCUUCUCCCGUUCACAUCUUCUCCAGCAGCAGCAGUUUACAUUCCUAUGCUAGACCCCCUCUGUCUUCCAGCAGCGCCCCGAGUCCCGCCCGCAGCCACAUGAGAGAACGCCGCCGCACCAGGGCCAGCAGCGAGUCCGAGUCCGGCGUUUUCUGCAUGUCUUCUCUCUCCGAUGAUGAUGACCUGGGAUGGUCUCACUCCUGGCCCUCCACUGCCUGGCAUUGCUUCAUGAAAGGAACCCGUCUGCGCUUCCACAAAGGUCUGAACGUGGAGUGGCAGGAUGCAGAGGACGUGAUGGAGUCGGAUGAAGAUUCAGACGACGAGGGAGGAACGCAGUCCAACCCAAUGAAGAGUUACGGCUCUGAUGGGCUAAAGCUGGUGGUCUUUGAGGAGAGCGUGUCUUUCGGCCAGUCUGUCCUGAAAUUAACCUUUGACCCCGGUUCAUCCGAAGCAGGGCUUCUGACCGCCGAGUGCAGUUUGGACCAUCCGUUUUUCGUAAAAAAUAAAGGGUGGUCUUCUUUCUAUCCGAGCCUUACUGUUGUGCAGCAUGGCAUUCCCUGCUACGACAUGGAGGUUGGAGACCUGUGUCUGCCCCCAGGACACCGCGACGCCAUCAACUGUGACGACUCCGUCGUUUUUGACACCUUUAGGAGUUACGACUUCACCCCUCUGGACUCUUCUGCCGUGUACGUCCUGAGCAGCAUGGCCCGCCAGCGCCGGGCGUCCCAGUCCAGCGGAGGCGCUGUGAGUCCGGACUGUGACAAGCUCGAGGCGCUCGGCUCCUCCCAUCACUCCCCCAGCAGCAAAUCGCAGCGCAGCCACGCCUCAGGAAGCUCCGGAGCCACGCCCACAAAGUGCAAGCGGCCAAUGAACGCCUUCAUGCUUUUUGCCAAGAAGUACAGGGUGGAAUAUACGCAGAUGUACCCCGGCAAAGACAACAGAGCCAUCAGCGUGAUUCUGGGCGAUAAGUGGAAGAAGAUGAAGAACGAGGAGAGAAGGAUGUACACCAUGGAGGCCAAAGCUCUGGCCGAGGAGCAGAAACGUCUCAACCCUGACUGCUGGAAACGCAAGAGGACAAACUCGGGCUCUCAGCAAAACUAGGCCAAGAACUGUCACAGAAAAAACAUGAACUGGACGAUGAGCAGGAGACGGACGCCGACACGCAUCCUCUCGAACGAGUGAUAAACCGCAACUGUGAUGCUACACGUGCUUGCUUUAGGAAAAGGAAAAAACCAAAAAAAAAAUGGACGAUUGCAACAAAACGUCUUCACGAGAAGAAUCGCGAAAUAACAUUUUAAAAACAUACGAGCGAAAGGCAGAUCAUAUAAUUAUAUGCGAUAUAAAAUGUAAUCUAGUCAACUAACAGUGCUUAUGUAUUUUUCUUAUCCUUUCAAAAGCGACAAAAAUGCCUUACUCUUCCAAAGCAAGACACCGCUCAGUUCUUCUAUCAGGUAAUUUUGUAUUUCUAGGCUUGAAAGGUGCAACCCUGUGGUGCUAUUUUACUGAGGCCGAAGGAGCGGAUGUUAUACGAAUAAUGUCUAUUUUUAAAUGUAAAAAAAAAAAGGGGAAAUUUAGAUGUUAGCUCGUUUUUUCAGCUGUUCAUAUUAAUUGUAUUUGUAUAACUCAACUUAUUGCACAGACUCAGAUGUAUUGCGAAUAGACGGAUGAUGUUGCGUAUUCGUCGGUGUGCUGGAACGGGGUUGAAGUUCACGACCUCGGUCCAGCCUAGGCCAUAUUCAGUGUGUGUGUCUGCGUAUCUGUGUGUGUGUGUGUGAUAAUCUGUCCAUACGGCCAUAUUGUACAUGGAUAGAGUCCAACACACACACACACACACACACACACACACGAGUACAAAGACACCCACGUUGUCACAUACAGCACUUCAGGGCCAUGCCUUCACUGUAAGUGUUCUUGUUUUUGCACUUUAUAUUCAUAUAUAUAUAUAUUUAUGUAUAUAUAUAACCAUAUAAACCAAUAAAUGUAUACAAGCUGAAA